AUGUCGAGAGACCCCAGACGUUCGAUUGCGAGCGCCGGCAGCGAGUCGAUCGGAAGUCCACGGGCGCGAUCGACAUCGGCGCACGGAGAGCGCUCGUCUUCGAACCCGCCGUCUUUUCCCAUGGAUAUGAACCACUAUGAUACCGCCCUACCCCCUAUCAACUUUCACCAGACACCCAUUGUACACCGCCGAACCGGUAGCACGCUGAAGACUGUCAUGCGCAAGAUCUUCAAUCGAAAAAGACAGAGCCAGGCAGACGGACUGGAAGAAAGUCCGCAUGAAGCAUACUAUAAUUCUUCCCCGUCGAGGCAAUCGCCACCAACUCUGGGAAAUUCGUUCCUGUCUGUUCCCACGCCGACAGACUCAAAACGGAGCAGUCCGCUCUCGGAGGAAAACCUGCUCCUCGCAGAAACCCACUUGUCUCCAACUCGCUUGACCUCUCCGGGUUUUCCUGGCAUGCCACCGCGCCGUCGACGCGCUACGCUCCCCAGCGUGAUAUUCUCUGAAGACGAAUCCCGAUUUGGGGUAGCAUCGAGUGCUAUUUCUGCUAUUUCCGACCCCCAGGAAGAAAGACUUAUACCGGAAAGCCAACGCAAGCGCAGCAUGAUCCAGGCUCGACGACGAUCAAGAAGUAUCGGUGCGAUUGGCGAGCUUGCAGAUGAACCAUCGAUGUCUCGCAAAUGGCCAACCCGCACGGCUUCUAUACCCAACUCCGUUCCUGAUUCAAGAUCCCCUCCUCUCGAGGGAAGCUCUGCAAGCGAUCGCUCUGGCCGUCCAUCCACUGGAACUACAGUGACCAGUGUGACUAGAGCGUCUGCCGCACCGUCCAUUCGAUCCGAUGACCAUGCAGACCAUAUGAGCCUACCGCCUAAUUUGGGUAACUUGGUUCGGAGCAUGCAGCAAGACGACGGCCUCACCGUGGAGCAGCGUGUGAAUACGCUGGAAGUAAAGAUGAUCGACCUAGAAUUUGCUAUUGCACGAAUGCAGUCGAACUCAGCCGAACCUCACUCCAUAUCCCGUCGAAAACAAACCCCAUCCGCUGACUCAUUGACUCCCAAUGUGCGCAACAGACCUUCCGGCCUUUCAAGUACAACUGAACGUGACGAAUCACCAAGUCCGUUGUCGUCUCUUCCCGUGCGCCCAACAAGCACCAGCACUAUCCGCCCCGAGACCAUGCACUCACGCACCCUCCGACCAGCCCCAUCUACCACAUCCUUAUCCGACUACACGGCCGUCUCAAUCGAACAAUACAGCGCCCUGGUGACGCUCCUUCGGCGCGAACAGACAGCCCGGCGGAACCUUGAAAGCCAAGUCUCCAGCCUACGCGACGACAUCCGCCAUAUCCAGCGGGCAGCAUUGCAGUCUAUGGAAAUGGGCCAAAUGUACCCAAUGCACACAGUCGAUUCGCAAGAAUUCCUUCGCUUCCGACGCGCGCUUGACGAUUCCGACUCUUCGUCCCCCAUCCGCGUCGAUGGAAAGGACGGUAGUGACUCAGACUGGGAUAAACCUGAAAAAUAUGAUCCCUUCGGACCUCCCAAGUGGGAGCAGGGGAAACGUCUUGUAACGGCGCCCAUGAUUUGA